AUGAGUGGAGUCGUUGGUAUCGCAUCCUUGCCAACAGCUCGAUCUGUGUAUCUUAGUGGUUCGUAUGCGCCAAUCGCCGUUGAUCAUUGUAAAGCCGCUGUCGAUAGCUUCAAUCGUAGUCGUUCCUCUGCGCUGCAUGCGUUUGUCUUCGUUGGAUUGAUCUGCACAGUAUCACAUGCCUACUAUUCAGCUUCGGGUGCCCUUCUACUCAAGGACCUUCCCACUCGCGCUCACUCCACUUGCCAAAUUCCAUUCUUGAACGAUUCGGCUCUCGUAUCUCCCUCGGAAACGCACACUAUCUCCUUUGCAAGGAAAAAGACUAACAUCCCAAACGCGAGAGUUACGAGUCCUAACCGGAUGGUCGAGGACUAUCUCCUUAGACCCUUUCCUCAUUCGGUAUAUCAAUCUUCACUAGUUCGGCCCUGGUUUGCAAAUCUCAUGCAUCGUGAUGCAUAA